GCAAAUUAUAUAAUUCGUUUUUAAUAUUAUAUAUAAAUAUGCGUACAUCUCAUAUUUUAUUGCUCAUUGUUGCCAUCAAAGCAGUUAAAUUUUUAGACGAACCUGCAGUAUUAUUGGAGGAUGAUGAAAAACCAUACAUGUAAUUCACAGUCUUUGCCCAACAAUCUUCGUUGUUUACAGAGGAAGAAUUGGCUAGAAAUUCAGAGCCUGCCAAACAAUACACAUCAGGAUUCAAUUUUGAAGAUGAAAAUUAAUCAGCCUUAAAUAGUGCAGAUCAAUCUUAAGUCUUUUUGGCUGCUUCAUAUGAAAAAGAUUUACCAGCCACUGGAGAUUGUGUUGUACUUUACUCUGCAUGCGAUUUCAAAGGCACAUCAGGAAAAGUAUGUAAAGCUGAGGAUGCCCUGAACUUCCAAAUCCCAAUCUUUUCAAUCUAUGUUCCAAUCGGGUAACAUAAUCGUUUUUAAUUUAGAUAACAAUUCACUACAUUAGACUCUACCAAAAAUGAAUAAGUAGCCUUCUUGACAAGUGAGAAAUGUUUAACUGAUCCAUUAGUUAUGGCUGACACAUAAAAGGAUGUAUUCAUUGCAAAACCAUCUUUAUCAUUGGCUGGAUCUGAUAUUGCAUCAAGUAUUCAACUCUAUUUUAUGUUUCAGGUGAUGACGUUACUGGACCAUAACCAUAAUUGAUAUAAGAAACAUAAGAAUAAUUUGAUGCACCAUAAAUUGAAGAAGAUUAAUAAGUUAACGUUGAAUAGGUAUAAGAAUAGGUGUAAUAAACUGAAUAAGUGUAAGAAUAAGUUUAAUAAACAGAAUAAGUAUAGGAAUAAGUUUAAUAAACAGAACAAGUUUAAGAAUAAGUUUAAUAAACAGAAUAAGUAUAAGAAUAAUAAGUUUAAGAAUAAUAAUAAGUAGAAGUUGAUGCCUAAUAAUAAGAAUAAUCAUAAUAACAAGAAUAAUAGUAAUCUGAAACUCCUUAAAUUCAAUAAAAUGAAGCAUAAAGUUAGGAAUAAUAAGCUUCUGUGGAUGAUGUGCCUUAAGCUGCUGAAGCACUUGUUGGGUAAACUUAAUGAGAAGGA